AUGGCGGGCUCUAGAGAGAGGUUGCUUUACGACAGACAUUCGGACUAUGAACAGGAGUAUGACCGGAGACGUAGAUACGAUACAGAGUACGUAACGAAGCGAACCGAACCUGCUUGCUACGAGAAUCGCUACGCGACUCAACGCUUUAAACCGAACCGGUCCGAGCCGGAACGCUUCGCUAACAACCGAUAUAGGGAACGAUUUGACCGCUACGAGAGACCGAGACGCAAAAACGGCUACGUGUUCGAGGAUAUUUACUCCGAUUUCGACGAGGCUCAGGGACGUUUAUCGCUGUUCAGACCAAUAAGGCCCGAAUACUUGAACCUUUCCACUACAUACGAUACUAAAUAUAGCACAUUGCCUCGAAACUACCCGUCUUAUGAAGACAGAACUCGUAGAUAUAAGAAAGACUAUUACGACUUUAGAAUCGACGAAAGACGCCGUUCAAGGGAAUUAUACGAGCCUUAUAGAACACAUGAAGCCAGAAGAAAACCUAUAUAUGACCGGAAACCGGAUACUGUAUACGCAGGUAGACCGAAACCGGUGAUCCAAUUAAAUAGAACCGAACGAAAAACGCCUAAAAAUGUAGCGGUGUGCAAACCGCUUCGCUUGUCAGAAAAAAACGCGCGUUAUUGGACGACUGAUCCGCCGAAUGGUGCCCGAACAAAGCCAAGGAAAGACGAACCGAAGAAAAAUGUGAAAUUUUCCGAAGUGUCCGGUUGUAACCGGAAAAUGGUGGUCUACGAUCCGGUUUGCGGUCGCAAGUUAGUGGCAGUUAGGGAGUUAGAAGUGUCGCUCGACCAAAUGAUACAGAAUGGUUAUUUCGAAAAGCACAAUGUACCAAUAUUGAGGCCAGAGAAGACGAAGCCAGAGAUACCGGCUCUGGAACCGAACGGGAAAUGCUUAUCCGGCGGCGAAACGAAAACUUCGAGAAAAUCCAGACAUCUGCCGCAGGUAAGUUUGUAUUUUAACUAUAAGUUGACAGCUUGCGGCGUUGGCUUGCACUGCUAA